AUGCUACAUAAGAACAGUUGCAAAUACAAAGAAAUCAAACGUAAAGUUUCAGAUUUCUAUAAGUCUCAUAACAAUGUCGUCGCUUUACGUUUGCAAACCAAAAAAGUGACAGAAAUCACGUUCAUGUUAAUCAAAGCAAAUGUUCAUGAAUCUUCGUCUAUUAAUGACAGAGAUGAUCGAAAAAAUAAUAAUUCCGAUGUCAAGAAAUUGGAAUUAACGGAGUCAAAUGCAUCCAGAGUUAAUAAUAAUGACGUUAGUAGAGCAAACUCCAGUGCUAAAUUGCAUACAAUCCAGCUUGCCGCAAUCCAAAAAAGCAGUCAUCGAGAUCUUGAUGACAUUCACAUUAGCCAGAAAUCAUUAAGACAUGGCUCAACAAAUGCCACUCAACACAAGUCAAAGUUCACAUAUUCCAUUGCUGUUACAAACGCCGCCAACGCUGCUAGAGCUAUUCAUGCAGUUCCAAUUAUCAACGGUGCUUCCUAA